AUGAUCAGGUGUACUGGGUUUAGCAAUCUGGAAUGUCAUAAAAACACGCUUUCAUCGUGUAAACACGUCUAUAAGGGAGACAGUGUUUCCAUAAGAGCACCUCCCAGUUCACACGGGGUCGGAAAGGCAAGUUGUGUCUUAGAUCGAUGUGCGUCACACAACGGUUGUCACGCUGUAAUUCGUAAAAACGAAAAAGCAAGUUGUAGACAUUACCACCACCAAGAUGACGAAUGCAACAUGACGCCAAAACUUCAAGGUGGCCUUAAUAGUUCCGUUAUUCUUACCAGCCUCGACUACAACAACUACACAGGUAAGCUGCUUUCUUACCUAGAGCCAGUCCUCCUGAGUUCAAAAUGGAGCAGGUUUGUGAAGUGUUGGCAUGCUAAGACAGACGGCUGGGCAGCAUCGACAUUCCACAGCAACUGUGAUGGGAGGGGACCCACAGUGACAAUCAUCAAAGUGAACGAUUACAUAUUUGGUGGAUACACUGAUGUGUCCUGGGGACCAAGCGGUUCCUGUUUUUGGUCUUACGCCACCAAAGCCUUUUUAUUCUCAUUUAACAACAUCAAAGGAUACAAUCCUGUGAAGCUGACACAAUACCGAAACCAGCAAUACGCAAUGUACACAUGUUCCUCUUACGGACCCACUUUUGGUUGGGGACGUGACAUCCGCAUAGUGGACGACGCUGUAAACAAUCAGUACUCUUUUACUGAAUGCGGUGGAACGUACUCCAACCCCACGGGUUAUUCAGCUGGAAACUGUGGUUUUUUCACAGGAAGUUAUAAUUUUACUCCUUCUGACAUUGAAGUUUUCUUCGGAAUAGGUAAGUUAUUGUACAGAAACACUUGA